AUGGCUGCCUCACGUAUACCGGGCUUCAAUGCCAAAACGUCCCUCCCGAUUCGAGUUUUCAAUUCCAUUAUAAACCCUCAUCAUCAACUAUGCGUGCGCUACCUUCACAAAUCUCGAAAACCCGCAGCGGUUCCAUCACCUACUCCAUUUGUGCCUGAUGUCGAAACAUUCCUACGUCUAAUUGGACGGAAUAUGUCUAGAUACUCCAGCAAAAUUACCGGAUGGAAGCAGUUGUUCACAGCCGAUUCAGCUGAGUUUCGAGAGCUGGGCAUAGAGAUGACAAGGGAUAGGAGAUACAUAAUGCGGUGGAGGGAGAAGUUCAGACAACAGGACUACGGUCCCGGCGGUGAUCUGGAAAAUGUUGUUGACGGGGUUGCUGAAUUGAGAGCUGUUGAGGUUCCUAUUGAAUCUGCAAAGGAUGUCCAGAGCGGAAAAGCUGCCAACACCGACGAAAAGCCCUUGGACGUUGCUUCAAUGGGCACCGCAACUCUCUCACCUGGAAUGCGCUAUGCGAUUGUCAAUCUACCGCCCGGUGAAACAGAGCUGAAGGACCCCUCCAAGCCUCUCAAGAAAUUCGCCCAUUAUAAGCUGCACCAUGGGAAUAUGAUUAAAGGGCCGUAUGCUCAGAUUAUUCCAAAUACAUGGAGUACGGCGGUCAAGGUCCAGGUUACGGAUGGUAUGUGGGAGCAUAAGCGUGGCAGGAAAAUUGACGGUGGCCAGAGAAGGCAGAAAGAGAUCAGGGCGAAGAGGGCACUGGCAGAGAGAAGGAAGGCGGCUGCUUAG